CCUUCGACAACUACUCAGCGACGACCGACAGUUUCUUUCUCGGCUCCACGCGAAGAAACUCCUCUUCUGGGUGCUAUUGCAACUUUGGAGCUGCCUGUCGCUCUCCUUGUGCUGCUUUACUAUGCAGCGUACGUAUAGUCGGAGAGGCCGACGAACCGUCUCCAAGUCUGCGGACAGUUCGCCUGAAGGGAGCCCUGAGCCGCCCCAAGCUAGUCAACAGCGGAAGAAGAGAAAGAUACAGGUCGAAGUGAUCUCUCAGGCCGCCCCAGCGUCUUCUACCUCUCUGAAGGGCUCGCGCAAUCAUACGAAACCCGAUUCUGUUAGGCAAACUGUCGCAACUUCAAGCAAUGCCUCGCAGUUUAAGGCGACAGGCCCUCUCAGACGAGCUGCAAGUGAGCGCAACCCUCUCGACAAGAGCGGCGACCCCUCGGCUGAAUCUCCGACAACCAAAGAUCCACUCUCCACUCUAUUUAGCUCCUCAGAGCCUCCGCGACGACCUUCUCUCUCUCCGCAGAAGAGCGGGGGUAUUGUGAAGCGCAUGCUACGUCGUACUCGCACAGAGUCCUCCAUUAUGGGCUCCGAUCCAUCUGCGCAUGUUGAAGAUGCCCCCGAAGAAACUGUAUCUAUCUCGCGCACCUCGCGCAUGUUUGGUCUCGCGCGCGCGGACUCUAUCAUCGACCUCACUUUGGACUCGCCGUCUUCCAGUAGUCCGCUGAAGGCAGUUUCUCAGUCCCAGGAAGAUAUCUUAUCCUCUUCACCGGGCAAACCUGCCCGUCCAGCACUGGCAUCUACCAGUGUCCGGACGUACGCAGGAAAGUCGCGCUCGUUUCUUGUGACGUUGCCGAAUCCAACACUAUCUCUUGAUCAAGAUCCUUCGCAAACCACGCUCGACGAAAGCCAGGGGGAUAAUCUCGAAGUGCCCCGAGAAUCUUACACGGACCUCCGUCUGCGCUGGGGUGUCGAUAAUUCUGAAGAUGAUCCGUAUGUCGGUCUGCGCUCCUCGGAGCAGAAUAUGAAUCGAAUUGACGGGGAGCUCCCGCCCGGCAUUAUGAAUGACCUGAAGAGCAUUAGCGAAUUGAGGAGUAAGGGCGAAUCGAGGCGAUUCCUUGACGAGAUGGGAUACUUGUUCGAGGGACUGGAUCUGUCCAACGCGACUGCUGUACGGAGGGGCAGCGCACUAGAGAUUGUUACGAAGCUCUGUGACAACGACUUCGCACGACGGGCCAAGGCUGCUGAUUUUCUGGGCAAGGCCUGGGACAUACUCCGUUCUGCUGGUGCGGGCGAUGGCGAUAAGGCACGUAUGGUCCUUGACAGCACGUUGGCUUUCUUUGCAGCAUUAGCUGCUCGCGAUCCAGUUGAUCUUACGGAACUUUCUUCAAAGCCUGAGUUCGUGGACAAGCUGUUCGACAUGCUAAACAAACUCGACCGCUCAACUGAUUCUCUAUGGCUUAUGUCGUGUGGUAUGACCGACCCAAUGCUGAAGCGCGCCGGCAUCUCACGAACGGAGAAGGCUUUGAUGACAGAGCUGCACAAGAUGGUGCGCAAGAAAGGGGGGCUAUUUCUCAAUAGCGAAAUCAUCUCAAACCGCCUUUUGCUCUCAUAUACCCUUGCGCUUUUGCCACGAUCGUCUCUGGUACCAUCUAACCACCUACCCAUUAUUGUCUUGUCCCUCGGAUCCGAGCUUGCCCCACUGCCAGACAGGGUGUCCGCAUUCACAUCUGGGCUUGCGCUUAUACCGGAAUUGGAUUCAAGUACGCAUAUGGAGGUGGUAUCCCUUAAUCACAUCGAUAACUGCCUGCGGCUGGCGGACUGCUGCUUGCUAGCACGCGGAGCGGACGGCGAAGAGGAUAUCAACAUUCUACAACUGAAGAAAGACUUACCGGGCACACUUAUUUCUCUAUGCGUCGCGGCAGACACUCUGUCUCGUGUCGACGAAUACGUGGAAUAUAAAUCUAAUGGUACGUGGCCAUGUAUAUGCUGUCUGAUUGACCCUAACAUCACUUUAGCUCACAAGUGCCUGGAAUCAGCUCUACGAGUGCUCAUCAAUUUGACUCACGACAACCGAGAUUGGUGUGAUCGCAUUCUCAGCGACAAGCUGACUUUGCCUGCCAUCCUGCGAUUCAUCGUGAUCUCCCAACGAGAGCGCCCCUCACUCGUUCAAUCCGGCCCUCAAGACGGACAAAUUGCGCAGCACGCAGAAGAAGCUCAGCAAGAAAGAGCCGCGGCACUAUUGGACCAACUUUGCCUCGCUCUCGGGUUGCUCACGAAUCUCGUUCAGGUUACAGAGGAGAUCAAAGACCUCAUAUCCCACAUUGCGCUUGAUCCAUCCUGCCCGGGCACACAGGAGUGCGUUUUCACUUGUCGCUGCGCUUCAACACAACCCGCGCUGUCUUGUCUCGCCCACGUUUACUCCCAGCAAUGCGCCUCGAACAACGACCUGGACAGCGUUGUGCAAGGUCACAUGGCCAUCUUAAUUGGCCUGCUCAUACAGCGCCGCCCGUACAAUCAGGCCGUGCUGCUCGAUGCCCUACCCGGCAGAUCGAAUCGGGAGAAGCUGCACGGGCUCGUCGAGAACGCGAGAGACUUUACAAAUUUUUAUGUCAAUUUUACGAACAAGGUUGCGGAGAGCCAGCAAGAGGAUUUAGAUUGCGGUAACGCGGACGAGGCAGAAGAUGGGAGGGACACAGUGGACCUUAGAGGGAGUGUAGGUCAGGUUUUGAGAGACACAAAGGGCGAGACGGUGGCGAGGGAUGUCAUCACGUUUCUGGAGGGCCUCGAGUUGUCGACAUAUGACUGAACCGCCAUCUGCUCUACGACUUCUCAACACCAAAGAUCCUAAUAUUCCUCCGCAAGGGAAUUUGCCCAACACUAGGAGAAUCAUCGGUGGCAUUUUUCUCUGUCCUGCACAGCCUCAGGUGACCGCGCCCGUGCGUAUUACCGCACAAGUUGUAUGAACAGACCUUCUUCCAUAUGCGUCACGCUACCCUCACGACUUCCUCAAAUGUGUAUACCCAGAUUCGAUGUAAUGGAGCGGCUCCGCUGCUCAUAUGCAACC